AAAACAUCAGAAAGAGGACGUAGAAAUAACAGAGCUGGUAGUUUUUUGCGCAUAGAAAAUGGCGAUGACGGCCACGGCGUUGGAAAAAUCGAAGACCCGUCACACCCGCCAAAAAAUGGUUCUGCAACUUCUGGAACAAGGAGUCAGACGAGGAAUUUUUGGGCACCAGGAGCUUCGUCGAGGCGCCGUGCCCGUGGUGUAUCAACUGCAGCGGGUCUCGGCGGCAAUGUUGAUUCAAGUGCAACUCCUACUGAUGAGGACGCAAUACCAGCAAACACGACGACAACUACUUUCAAAACCCCAAGAACAUCGAAAUCUUCUUCCCAACAACAUCGAGGGACAGGAAGCAUUCCACGAAGGGUCAUGGGGAUUUUAGGCACUCCCUUCCGUCGGAGGCGACAUACUACACCAGUCGUCAAGGCGAAUUUGCAAGCAGUAGAUGAACAAGAAAACUUAGCGAAGAUGAGGAAUGGAGAUGCUGGUCUAGCUGGAGCACCAGCUGCGGGCCCUUUAUUGUCUGGCAAAACGUCUUCUAUUAUUCCGCCGCCCUACAUCAACAAGAACGAGGAUCAACAUACUGGACGACAUCUUCAUCAUCUCCAGGGCCACUCUUCUGACCAGGAAGUAGACGAUGAUCAUCUCCAUCAAAGAACCUUCUCCUGUCAAGAACAAGGUGACCGCGUUGAGAUUUAUCGUUACCGCGUCUUCUUUGAAGAGGCAGGCGGGGGCUUAGAGAUCAACAACUGCGGAGCCGAGGCGGAUCAUGUGGAAGUGGUAUUGCACCCAGUGCGAGAGGAUGGCGAGCUUCAUCUCACAUUGCAACGACAAGAAGGUG